CUCUCCAUUUCUUAUACCAAAAAUACAUUUCGUCUUCGCCUCACCAACUGACAGACUCAGAUCUGCAAGAUUCAGUUCCUUCCGUUUCUCCAUCUGAUUUCUUCUCCAGCUCUUGCAGAAAUUUGGUGCAAAUUCCUUCUAUUUCCAUCGUUCUUAGCACCUUACGGUGCUCGUGUACUGGAAUUUAGGAGCCAUUUUGGGUCUCUGGGGUUCUGGUGUAUGAAUGAUGUGGAGCUCGAUAGCUAAUUUGAAAGAGAAUCUGAAUAAGAUAGCUCUCGAUGUGCAUCACGACGAUGAUGAAGAGGAAUUUGCGAUCUAUGGCUCCAAUGGAGGGGAUGUUGAUGUUUCGGUAUCUGAUCGGAGGAACUCGCAUAGCUUUGCUCAUUCGAAUCCGGUGACGCGGUCCCCGAUUGCCAAUGGGAUUGAGGAUGCUCAUCAUCCUGAGAUUGAACAAUACAAAACAGAAAUUAAGAGGCUUCAGGAAUCUGAGAGGGAUAUUAAGUCAUUAUCGAUGAAUUAUGCAGCUCUGCUAAAGGAAAAAGAGGAGCUAAUCUUACGAUUGAACAAGGAAAAUGGCUCGCUAAAACAGAGUUUGGAAGGCACAAAUACAUCAACAAAUUCACCUAGAGCUGAAAGUUCCAAAUCACCAUCAAAUGGAACUAAUGAAAUGAAGGGGAGCGAUCAAUCACCUACCCGACUGCUUAGGGGGAAGACCCGGCGUAAUGGUAUUGUGUCUAAGCAGGAUGGAAUUGCUAAUGGAGCUUCACACUCUGGAAAACUUGAUUACCAGAGUAAGAUGGUACCAGAACAUUCAACUUCACAGGAGCUUACAGAUUUUCAAGAAGGGAAUAUUGGAUCACUGCAAGAUGUGCAAACUACUCUUGAGAUGAAACAGUUAAGGAAGGAACUUCAACAAGAAAGGGAUCAGUUGGCAGAUGUGCAAUUAAGAUUACGAGAGGAGCAAAAAUUGAACAAAAAGUUCCAGGAGGAGUUGAACUCUCUACAUAUGAACAAGGACAAAGCAUCGUUGGAGAUGAGCAACAUUAUAAGAGAAUUGAAUGAGAAGAAAUUAGAAGUAAAGCAAUUGCAAGUUGAGUUGAACAGAAGAGAGAAUAUGAAGUCCGAUGAUAAUGUGGAGGGAUUGAAGAGAUUAAUUACAAAAUUGGAGAAAGAAAAAAGUACUCUUGAGAUGGGAAAAAAGGAACUUGAAGAUACAUUGGAAAAAUGCCGAACAUCUUCAAGUGUUGAAGCCCAAUCAAGUUCUUUGGAAAUGGUGAAUAGGCAUCUAAGUGGUUCAAACGAGAAAUUAGGUCUAUCUGGAAUUUCCCCUGGAAAAGAAGAUAUGGAUCUAUCAUUGCAAAAAUUAAAGAAAGAUCUGAAGGAAAUGCAGCAGGAGAGAGACAAAGCUGUGCAUGAACUAUCACGUCUCAAGCAGCAUUUAUUGGAAAAGGAAUCUGAGGAAUCAGAAAAGAUGGAUGAAGAUAGCAGAAUAAUUGAAGAACUUCGGCAUGAUAAUGAAUAUCAAAGGGGCCAGAUAUUGCAUUUAGAGAAGGCAUUGAAUCAGGCAAUUGCAACUCAGAAGGAGCUUGAGAUGUACGGUAAAAAUGAACUCCAGAAAUCCAAGGAAAUUAUUGAAGAGCUUAACAGAAAACUUGCAAACUAUACGAGUAUUAUAGAUUCCAAGAACGUUGAACUGUUGAAUCUUCAAACUGCACUCGGCCAGUACUACGCAGAAAUUGAAGCCAAGGAACACUUGGAGAGUGACUUGGCUCGGGAAAGAGAAGGAGAAGCUAAAUUGUCUCAAAUGCUAAAAGAUGCCAACCAAAGAGAAGAUGCAUUAAAGAAGGAGAAGGAAGAAAUUUUGUCAAAGCUUUCACUUUCUGAACGAGCAUUGGGAGAAUGGAAAAGCAGAGUAAAUAAACUUGAGGAAGAUAAUUCUAAGCUACGCCGUGCUCUUGAUCAGAGUAUGACAAGGCUGAAUAGGAUGUCGGUGGAUUCAGAUUUCCUUGUUGAUAGGCGUAUCGUGAUCAAAUUACUGGUGACGUACUUCCAGAAAAACCACAGCAAAGAGGUUUUGGAUCUUAUGGUCCGUAUGCUUGGAUUUUCUGAAGAUGACAAGAUGAGGAUAGGAGCUGCUAAACAAGGUCCAAGCAAGGGUGUUGUACGUGGAGUUUUGGGCCUUCCUGGACGCCUGGUCGGUGGGAUUUUGGGAGGAAGCUCAGCGGAGACGCCGGCUAAUAUGGCCUCUGAUAACCAGUCCUUUGCAGAUCUAUGGGUUGACUUUCUUCUCAAGGAGAAUGAAGAAAGAGAGAAGAGAGAAGCCAAGGAAAGCCUCAAGCUUCAGGAAGAAUCGCAACUUAACGGUCCAAAUGUUGGCAGUAUCGAUCCCGGAACGAGGGCAACUGGUUCGACAUCUGAAUCUUCAAGAACAGGUUUUCCUUCACAUCAUCAUCAUCAUCAUCAUCAUCAAUCGACUCACCUUCCUUUUGGUGGCGAUUUUCGCCUUUCAAGACACCACUCUGAAUCUGAAUUCUCAACAGUUCCUCUCACAUCAACAACUGAGAACACUCAUUAUAGUUCAAGACCGCUCCCAAAAUACUAAGAUCUUCUUCAUCGGAUUUUGUAAUUAAUAGAAAACUACAGAUUAUUGUUUGUUAAUGAACUACUACUAUAAAAGCCAUGUAAUGUUCAAUUAAUUCAUUUACUUGGAGUGGUUGGUUAGUGUUGUUCAGCUCACCUGGUGUAAUUGUUUGAAAGAGCUAUAAAUUUCUCAGCUGAUUUCAUCUUCUGGGUAAAGAUUUGGAAUAAAUACGACGUUUCGAUUC